GCACACAGCCUGUCUGCCUAUAGUGCCUACUGAAUUAUAGCGAGUACUGACAGAAAGAGUGGUACGUACUACGUGCCGGCGGACAUGACGAAUUGACAAUAGACCAUAGGGUAUACCUACCUAUUAUUUUUCAAAUAGCAAUUAACUACGUUUUUAAACGACCGUACUCAAAAAUCAAAAAUGUUUAAUUCCAUAUUGAAACAGUGUACGCUCUCGUGUACAAAACAAAUCGCCGUACCAUUACAAUUCAGGUGUUUGUCUUUGAGCUCGGCCACUCUUAAAGACAAUAAAGAGUCGGAAAAUAACACUAAUGAGGGAUGGCUAAAGAAAUUGCUGGUUCGACGAAUAGAACCAACUAAAGAACAACACUCCCGCAUGUUAUCCGAUAAAGAAGUAAUAUAUGAAUUACAAACGCACAACGUACGUCCCGAUUCGACUGAUAAUUAUAUGAAAAACUAUGAACAGGUAGUCCAGCUGUGUCAAAAAAUACCCAACUUAAAAUAUGAACUGAUUGGCUCUUGGUCUGUACGUGUAGGUGACCUAGACCAAUAUGUACAUUUAUGGAAACAUCAAGGUGGUUAUGCAGAAAUCGAUAAAACCAAUACAAUUUUAAUACAAAAUCAAGAAUACACAAAAUUACGCAAUCAAUGUGGCCAGUUCUUACGUUCAAGGCAUCUACAGUACUUAUUAGCUUUCAGCUUCUGGCCUUCUAUUGAAUUAAAAUCUGGUUCCAACAUAUAUGAGAUUCGUAGCUACAGUUUGAAACCAGGUACAAUGAUAGAGUGGGGUAAUAAUUGGGCAAGAGCAAUCAAUCACCGGCGUUCAAACGACGAGCCAUUUGCUGGCUUCUUCUCUCAAGUUGGUCGUCUCUACAAUGUUCAUCAUUUUUGGUGUUAUAAAAAUUUAGAAGUACGUACACAGACUAGAGAAGCUGCUUGGAUGUCCCCUGGAUGGGAUGAGUGUGUUGCAUACACGGUUCCACUAAUUAAAGAAAUGCAAUCUAAAAUACUACAUCCAACACCCUUUUCCCCAACUCAGUAAUAUAGUUUUUUUUUUUUAAUAUGUUAUUCUGAAAUAAUUGUUUUGUGGUCCUUACUUUAUUUCUUUUUUAUUCAUGUUAUUGGAUCCUAAUUUUAAUUCCAAUAAAAUCAUUUUUAUUUAUUAAUAA